AUGAGCAAAGCUUUGAACCAAAUUUCCAAGUCGCCCUUCAUGCAUAGGAUUGAAGGAGAAACUCUUCCCUUGGAUUUCCAUCAACCAACAUUCACUAUCUACAAUGGGCGGACGGACUCGGUGGAGCAUGUGAGCCAUUUCAGUCAAAGAAUGACUAUCCAUUCUAAGGAUGGGGCCUUGAUGUGCAAGGUGUUUCCAUCCAGUCUGGGAUUAGUGGCGAUGAGAUGGUUCGAUGGCCUGAGGGCAGAUUCUAUAGAUUCCUUCAAGGAACUCACUUGGACUUUUGGCUUUCGUUUUAUUACAUGUACCAGGGUCCCUCGGCCUUUGGACUCCUUACUGUCUUUGUCCAUGCAAGAAAGGGAGACCCUAAAAACAUACUUGGACAGGUAUUGGGAGAUAUACAACGGGAUAGACGGUAACUUUGAUGACGUCACCAUUAGCACCUUUAAGAGUGGCCUCCCAACUGAGCAUAGCUUAAGGAAGUCCCUAAUAGGAAAACCUGUCACCAGCCUGCACCAACUCAUAGACCGGAUUGACAAGUAUAAAAGGGUUGAGGAAGACCAGCAACCAGGUAAAGGAAAGGCUAAGGAUAUCCCUCAGGAGAGGAGGGAUUCCAGUGGCCAGGUGGAGCAGACCGGUUCGGAUCCCCGUAGAGAUGCUUCUUCAAGACCUCCUCUAGGAACGAUCAAUGUCAUCUUUGUUGCUCCUGGUAGGAUUGGUUUCCAUCCUUCCAGAGUGAUGUCUGUGGCUCGGCUAUCCACUGAGGACAACAAUUCGGAGCCAAAAAGAGCCAAGAAAGAAGCCCUACAGGUGCUAGACUUCUUGGACGAAGAUAAGAUCAGAACCAUCCAACCCCAUGAUGAUGCUCUAGUGGUCAUACUCAGAAUAGGGGGAUACGAUGUGAAGAGAGUGUUGGUGGACUAG